AUGCAACUAGCACUGGAGGAAGUGAUCUCACAGCACACCUUCUCGCGCAGACCCCGGCGCAACCACCACCAACCUGGGAAUUAUUCCCAUUCAAUCAGCACAAGGAGGGCACUGCUGACGCGCACUGCGAGUGGUGCCCGAUUUCUACGGACGGCAGCCUUUCUUAUGCCGAGUAUCUCGUGUUUCAACAACAGCGAGUUCGCGCAGUUGUGCUGCUCCUCUGACCUUGAGAUGUUUUGCGACGCUUCUGUCGUUGGCAUCUCCAAAUCCAAGGUCAUGUGCUGCGAGAAGGAGAAGCUUCGCCAACUGCUUGUCGACUUGGCGGGAAGCCGCUUUCCCACGAACACAUCCUUUGCUCCGGUCCCCUGGUGGGCCAGAGUGCUGUCGAAUCGGCAAGAUGAGCCGCGUGAGGGUGACAGCUUGUCCCCCUUGACCGUCUCCUUGAGAAAGGGUGCCCGGGACUUGGCGGAUGCAGCCGGGGAACUGGCUCUGCUGGGAGGCGACCUGCUCAGACGCUGCCCAAGUCGCCAGGAGCUGCUUCUUCUGCGCCGAGACCUCAUGUUCUGGUGGGACCGACAUCGCUUACACAGCAAGUGGGGGAGGAUUCGCACGGCUUUCGAUGGCACUGUGCGAGCCAUCGAGCGCUGCCGGAAGCUCCAGCGUCCACACGCGGUUGUGCAACUCCACAUUCCGAAGACUGCUGGGUCUGCCAUGAAGGAGUGGGCCGAGACGACAGGUUUCCGAGUGCUGGAGCAGACGCAGCAGAUCAAGCAAGGUGAUGGUCCCUACUGGAUCGGCACUGCUGGCCUUCCAGGAUCUUGUCGCCAACGUGUGCGGGAGAACAGGGAUCGGAACACCACGUGGGUGGCCGUGGAGCGAUGGCUGGAUCUGCCUCUGUGUGAUGACUUCCAGUAUGUCGUCGCGCUUCGAGAGCCUGUGAUGCGUACGCUGCAUCAAUUUUCGCACAAGCUCUCUUACUUCCGAGACUUCUUGCCAUCGGGAAGGCUUCCUUGGCAAGCUGCCAGAUGUGAGAUCGAAUUCGGGGCCUUUCCGCGCGUUUGGUUCAAGGGCUGCCGCAGGAAUAUGUGA